CCACCUUCGCAGCCAGCAUCCGCACCACACCCUGCCGCCCACUCCCGCAUCUGCUGACCGCCAUGUCUUCGCCCAUGGACGACGAUGACUCCUACGAGCGCCAGCGCCUGGCCAACAUCGCUGAGAACGAGGCACUGCUGCGCGAGCUCGGCGUCGCCGGCGGCCUCUCGGGCCGCGCCUCCAAGCAGCGCGCCACCACCGCCGAGAAGCCCAAGAAGGCCGCGGUGACAAAGAAGCGCAAGGCGCCCGCCCGGGCCCCCGAGCCGGCGGGGCCGCGCCGCGUCAGCUCGCGUCUGGCCGGCCUCGAGGCGGACAGCGAGAAGCUCCAGCGCAAGUACGAGGAAGAGGCUGAGGCGUUGCGCGAAGCGGCGGAUGCAGCACGGCGAGCCAAGCACGAAGACCAGUCGCUGUCGCAGCUGCUCGGCGAGGCAUCCACCGCGGCCGAGAUCGAGGGCCUGACAGCUGCGCUCGCUGCCGACGCUGCCGAGACUGCCAAGGCAACUGCCAACGGCGAUGCGCAGCCCGAGUCGGCCUCGCUCUCUGAGCUGCGCGCCGUGCUGGAGCGUAUGGAGCUGCGCGCCAGCUCGAAGGUGGUGCAGAAGCGAGUCUACUCGAUGGCCGUGCACCCGCGCAGCUCGGAGGGCCGCGGGGACCUCGUCUUUAUCGGCGACAAGGAGGGCUCGAUUGGUGUAUGGGAGCCGCUCGCUCCGAAGGCCGGCGGCGACGAUGACGAGGACGCCGAAGCGACGAUCCCUGAGGGCCAAGCGUGGGCGCUGCAGGCGCACGGCCGGUCACCGGUGACGUGCCUCAAGGUCGACCCGCUCGCACACCGCACGCUCUACAGCUCCAGCUACGACGCCACUGUGCGCGCGCUGGACCUUGAGAGCGGCGUCAGCUCGGAGGUGUGGCAGGGGUCGGAGGACGUGCUGCUCUCCAUCUUCGAGGUCCUGCCGGGCAGCGGCGCGAGCGAGCGGAAUCUGUGGGUGGCAGACCACCGCGGCGGCCUGAUCAGCGUCGAUCGGCGGAUGCGCUCGGUGGAGUCGAAGCGGUGGCAGGUCUGCGAGAAGAAGAUCGGUGGCCUCUCGGUCAACGUCGCACGGCCACACUGCGUCGCCGUCGCGUCGCUCGACCAGCAUAUUCGUCUCUUUGAUACCCGGGCACUGGCCAUGCUGCCGACAGUCGAUGAGGCGCCCUACAACGCGCGCAAUGUGGACGAGGACGACCUCGAGCGUGCAGUCAGCCAGGCGCAGAUCGGCGCCAGCAAGGCGAGGCUUGCAUGCACAAGCGUCGACUUCUCGCCGCGCGGCGACCAGCUUGUCGGCGUCAGCUACGACGACGUGGUCAAGGUCUGGGACAUGCACCCUUCGUGGCUGUCACGUGAGGCGACAGACGGAGCACGGACACGCUCGCAGCGCGGCACGCCACGCAAGGCCUCUGGCAGCUCAUCACCUGCGCCGAAGAUCGCACGCGCAAAGGCACCGCGGGCAAACGCACGCGCCUCGGCGGCCUCUGCAACGGCUGCGGAGACGGAGGAGGAGGAUGUGAAGCGGCCGGGCCUGCUGCGCUGGCUGAGCCGCGACAAGGAGGAGCAGGAGGACAAGAAGCCGCUCGCAGGCGAGGAAGAGGCUGCGGCCUCAGCUGCCGCCGUCGAGGCCGAGGACGGCGACGCGGACGGACCGCCCCGUCCGCAAGAUGUGCUCGAGUCGCCGCGGGUGAUCCCGCACAACAACCAGACCGGCAAGUGGCUCACGCUCUUCCGCGCCCGGUGGAUGCGGAACGCCGACGUCGAGCCGCACUUCACGAUCGGCGGCAUGAACCGGCACGCCGAGAUCUACGACUCCAGCGGCGUGCUGCUGCGCUCGCUGUACGACGCAGACAACAUCACGGCCGUGCCUGCCGUGACGGCGAUGCACCCGCGCGAGAUGGGCCGCCUGGCAACGGGCAACGGCAGCGGGCGCUGCACGUUCUGGUGCCCGCCGCCGGACAGCGACUGAGACGCGAGGUGCGCUGAGAAUACAUUAUUGCACAUCGUGAAUCGGGGUCUCGGGACAUCGCUGAUCGUGACGGGCAGAAGAUGCGGCGACUAGCCGGCAGUCGACGGGAUCUGGCUCUCCACCGCCGCGACGGAGGAUUCGGACUCUGCACCGGCGUCGACGUUGUUGUCGUCGGCAGCACCGUCUGCGCCGCCGGCAGGCGCUGCGCUGGCGCGCUCUUCCUCGUCUGCUGCAUCGGGCUGAGAGCGCUUGGGCGCGUUGCGGCCCGUCCGGCGCGGCGUGUACUCCUCGUCGCU